AUGCCAUUUGGUUUGACUUAUGCACCAGCAGUAUUCAUGGACUUAAUAAAUCGAGUUUUUCAACCAUACUUGGAUCAGUUCGUGGUAUUGUUUGUAGAUGAUAUCCUGGUUUAUUCCAAGUCAAAGAAGGAUCAUAAUACUCAUCUUAGAGUGGUCCUUCGGAUACUUCGUGAAAAGAAGUUAUAUGCUAAAUUGUCCAAAUACGAGUUUUGGUUGUCGGAGAUUUCCUUUCUUGGUCAUUUAGUGUCGUUAGAAGGCAUUAGAGUGGACCCUAAAAAGAUCCAAGCUAUAAUAGAAUGGAAAUCUAUAAAGAAUAUUACGGAAUUUCAGAGUUUCUUGUUCCUGGAAGGAAAAUGCCAAGAAAGUUUUGAGAUGCUAAAGAGAAUUUUAAUGAGGCUUCAGUGCUUGUGCAACCUGAUUCGGAUGUUAGAAUCCUUAAAUUCUCGAAGAGCGGAGGAACAAGAAAUGCAAGAGGGAACGGGGAGUGAAAGUUAUGAGGAUAAUAAUGCACAACCUCUUCCUUCAGAAAAUGCAAGUGCACCUGCACCCCAAGGGAUUCCGACUCCCGACUUUGGAAAUUUCAUGCAAGCCCUUGAUGUCAUUUUUACUUUCUCAUCCAAUCAAAAGAAGCUGGGAGAAGUUGUAUCCUUGUUAAGAGAAUCAGCUCGAGUAAGGUGGUCUAAUACUACGAUGUAUGCAUCACCGGAGCAAGUCACAUGGCAAUUUUUCCAGGAAAAAUUCAAAAACAAAUAUGUGGGUGAGCAGUUCAAACGAGCAAUGUUGAUAAAGUUCCUUAAUUUAAAGCAAGGUGACCGAGUAGUCCAUGAAUUUGAGGCUGAAUACAACAAGUUGAGCCGUUUUGCCACUGAAAUUUUGCCAAAUGAUAAGGCCAGGCGUGAUUGGUUCAUAGAGGGUUUAAGGUCGAAGCUAAAAGAAAUGAUGAUGGCCUUGAACUUUUCGAAUCUGCAAGAAGUUAUAAAUAGAGCCAAAGCUAUUGAAAGAGCUGAGGAGGAAACAUUAGCGGCGAAAUAG